AUGACGAGAACUCACAGAUCUCUCGCACUCGCAAUACUGGGGCUCGCGUUUCUGUCCGUUGCUGGGGCUUCGUCCAACAACGCGUCAGCUGUCUGCCAACUCAUCUCGCGUACCUUGUCGUCGGCAUCGGAAAUCUUCUUCCCAGGAUCGCCUCAAUACGCUGAGGAUAACGCACACUACACUAUCUCCAGCACACAGAACUCGACGUGCACCGUUGAGCCCGGGAAUGUCAGUGAUGUCGCCAAAAUUAUAAAAAUUCUUGCCGAUACGCGUCCGCCCUUCGGUGUCAAAAGUGGUGGUCAUAGCACAAAUCCCACUUUCUCCUCCACGUCAGGAGUUGAAGUCGCUCUUACGCGUCUCAACGGCAUCGACUACGACGCUGCAUCUCAGACCGUCGCUGUUGGGACUGGACUGGUAUUCGAUGACGUCUAUGCUGCACUGGCGCCUCAUAACGUCACGGUCGCCGGCGGUCGCGUCACGGGCAUCGGCGUAGGAGGAUUCACUCUUGGCGGUGGUUACUCUUGGAAAGCGAACCAGCAUGGUCUCACGAUCGAUACGGUCGUAGCAUACGAGCUUGUCCUUCCCAGUGGCCACGUUGUCAAUGUGACCAGCUCCUCGCAUCCCGAUCUCUUCUUUGGACUGAAGGGUGGUGGGAAUAACUUCGGCAUCGUGACGAAAAUCACUUUCCGCGUGUUCCCCCAGGGAGAGGUGUGGGGAGGACUACUGACCACACUCGAUAUCAAAUCGGCCGUCGCGGCUACUGCGAACUUCUCGGAGAAGAGCACGGAUCCGAAAGCUGCUGUCCUCUCGUCUAUUGGCUUCGCCAAUGAUACAGUUAUCGUUUCCCUUCAGCUGUUCUACGACGGGCCUACUCCGCCGCCUGGGCUUUUUGACGCGUUCAUCGCGCUUUCUGGAACGGCCCUCCAAUCGAACUUGAAGACGAGCUCAUUCUUGGACUUUCUCAUGAACGACAGUCCAGGUUCAACAGAUUUCAGGACGAGGUACAAUCACAUUCCUGUCACCGACUACUCUGUCGAAUUAUUGAACGCCUUGACAAACGAGUCUAUGGUUGCUGCGAACGCACUCCAAGCUCUGCACCCUAACGACACCUUCAUCGUCAUCUUCACCGCUGAGCCGUUCCUCCCCGACAUUCUGGAUCACAGCGGCCCAUCGCCGCUGCCCAAUCUCCCUCCCACCGCGUACCCCCCAUCUCGCGCGCGGCGGUACCUUCCCACCAACACGAACAUAUUCUGGACGCAAGCAUCCUCCGAUGCCUCCGUGAACCAAGUAGUGUUCGACGCCGAAGCCAACAUUCGCGCCAAGGCUGCUGAGCUUGGGCAACCCGUCGGCCUGACAGAGCCCAACGUGGCAAAGUAUCCCAACUACGCAGCGAUCGGAUCGAGCUUGGAAAGUUUGUAUGGGACGAAUCUUCCUACCCUCAAGGCGAUAAAGGAGAAGUAUGAUCCGGAGAAUGUUAUGGGUCUUGCGGGAGGAUGGAAACUGUAA